GAGCUGUAUGUUGCAGAAUUAACACACAAGUUGAAAGGCUUUGAUAUUGACGAGGACACAAGCACCAACCAUGCCUGCCGAUUUCAAUGGCUAUUGGAAAAUGCUCAGCAAUGACAACUUUGAGGAGUAUUUGAAAGCAUUAGAUGUAAAUAUUGCUGUGAGAAAAAUAGCUAAUAUGCUCAAACCGGACAAAGAGAUCAUUCAAGAUGGCGAUCACAUGAUCAUUAAGACACUAAGCACUUUUAAAAACUACAUCAUGGAUUUUGAUAUAGGGAAGGAAUUUGAGGAGGAUUUAACAGGGUUGGAUGAUCGCAAAUGCAUGACCUGUGUGAUGUGGGACGGAGAUAAACUUCUUUGUGUACAGAAAGGAGAAAAAGAAGGCCGUGGCUGGACCCAGUGGAUUGAAGGGGAUGAAAUGCACUUGGAAAUAAGAGCAUGUGGCGUCAAAUGUAAGCAAGUAUUUAAGAAGGUACAGUGAUGAACCUGAACCCAGAGGCCAAGAGGGUCGAAUAGAAUGGAUGGACCAGUUGCCAAACUUACAACCCUAUUACUGCACAAAAAUCUUGUUAUCCCUUAACACCUAGAAAGGAGCCCAUGGCCAACAUCUAGUCAUGUCUAAUUGGAGCUCUGUAGUGGAUUUUGUUGCUUAUAUGAUAUUUUUUAAAGCAAUAGUUGAGUCUGAAUGAGCAUCAUCAUCAUCAUGUAGAAGUUCAGAUUAAAGCUGAUGAAACCUGAA